AACCCCACAACCAUCACCAUCAUCAUCACUCUUACCACCACAUGAAGCCUCCCCUCUCUCUCUCUUGGAUGCAAACAUAUCAUUUAGCUAUAUAGCUUUCUCUUAUCUCCAUCAAGCAAGUUAAAAAAAGAACAAAGGCUCCACUAGAUCAAAUCCAAAAGUAGCUAUUCUAAUAGCGAUGAGAAAGCCGGAUCUAAUGGGGAAAGAGAAAGUGAGCAAUAACAAGGCUAAGCUUAGAAAAGGUUUGUGGUCACCAGAGGAAGAUGAGAAGCUCAUCAAGUACAUGUUAACUAAUGGACAAGGUUGCUGGAGUGAUAUUGCUAGGAAUGCUGGCUUGCAGAGGUGUGGAAAGAGUUGCCGUCUUCGUUGGAUUAACUAUUUGAGACCUGACCUAAAGAGAGGUGCUUUUUCCCCUCAAGAAGAAGAACUUAUCAUCCAUUUGCACUCCAUUCUUGGCAACAGGUGGUCUCAAAUUGCGGCUCGUCUUCCUGGAAGGACAGACAACGAAAUAAAGAAUUUUUGGAACUCUGCCUUGAAGAAAAGACUCAAGAUUAUUAGCAAUAACAAUAAUAACAAUCCUUCGACGACCUCACCAAAUGAAAGUGAUUCUUCAGAGCCUAGAGAUAAUGUCAUAGGAAAUGUCAUGUCCAUGCAUGAUCAUGACCUUAUGGCAAUGUGCAUGGACUCAUCUUCCUCAUCAGCUUCCAUCCAAGCCAUGGUCGCCGGCAGCGGCAACCAGUUCGAUCCUUUCUCUAUCCUUAAUAAUAACCGGUUCGAUGGGACUGCGGCUGCUGGUAUAUUCGACGUGCCUACAUGCUUAACUCAGGUGGGUAUGGGGGGAGAUGGAUUUUACAGUGAAUAUGGGAUUUUAGAGAAUUAUCAUAAUAAAAUUGGGUUAGAAAGGGACCUUUGUCUUCCUCCACUAGAGAGUAGUAGAAGUAUUGAAGAGGAGAAGGAGAAUAAUAAUAAUAAUAAUGCUGUAACUAAUCACAGCUUUAUUAGCAUGAAAAGCAAUAUCAACCACAACGAUAACAUCAACAACCACUUGAACGAUAAUAAUUCUUGCUUCAAUAACACUGAUCAUCAGCAUCAUCAUCAUCAUCAGAGAAAAGUAGAGGACAUGUUUGGGUUUGAAAAUCAUUGGCAAGGUGACAACUUAAGAAUGGGAGAAUGGGAUUUGGAGGGUUUGAUGGAAAACAUUUCUUCCUUUCCUUGCCUUGAUUUCCAAGUUGGAUAAACUGUCCACCCUUUGAACUCUCUCUCUCUGUCCCUCUCUCUCUCUCUCUCUCUCUCUCUCUCUCUCUCAAAGCUACCCCAACCCAAGAAUGUCCUAGGAAAUUUUGGGCAUACAUCUUUUUCCAAAUUCUCUGAAACUUUUCUUUUUCAGCCAUAUACUUUUAUCUUGUUUCUUUCUAUAUAUAUACUAUUUCUUUCUUUAUUGUUGAAGUGAUGAAUCUGCAAUAAGUAUUGCGAAGUGGAGAUUAUAUACAAGUAGGGUGGGCACAGAUUCUUGUAUACGAUGGAGUAGUUUCAGUUUCUUCGCGAGAGGCAAGACAAUUUGGGUUCAUUUCUUGGAACUGAUUGGUGCAAUAAUCAUCGCUCCAAGGAAGAGAAAUGUGAAUAGUAUAUAGAAGAGAAAGUGGAUCAGCAAAAUAAAAAGAUUAGUUGGUGAGCCAAAUUGUAGUUAAUUUCAUGUACAAACAAGGAAAUAAUGAGGAGGUCGAUGGUGUUCUUAGUUGCAAGAUGACAAUGAUAUACAAUUCACACUUUGUAA